GACUAUCCGCACCCCUCCCCUCCACCGGUACGGCAUGCAGAUGGAGGUGAUAUUUAAAGUAGAAAGCAGUGCAGUCCACAGCUCCAAGCACACCUCCGCGCUCGGGAGAACUCCGGGCUACGCCAAAGGCAGAGUUGUACGCGGAUCCACCCCAAGCACUGUGCUCAUUUACUUUCCCCACUCCCCAACGGCUCGCGCGGCGGACUGGAGGUCUCCGAGGCGGAGCGGGCGAUGGCGCAGGCGAAGGCGGACUGGAGGUCUCCGAGCGGGCGACGGCGCAGGCGCGCAGGCGGAGCAGGCGAAGGCGGCGGGCCGGAUCCGCGACGGGCGGUCGUCGGCGCCACGUCCCUUCUCCGGGUUCGCGCGGAUCCACCCUGGAGAACCGACGCAAGCGGCGGCGGAGAGCAAGGAGGGAUUCGAGGCGCCGGCGGCCAGAUCCAGCGCGAGCUCCAAACUCUUCGGGUGGUUCUUCUUCCUCCGGGUCGCAUCGGCAUCGAGCAAGGCGCAGGAUGGAUGAUAACCAAAUGCAGGGCCCCUGGAAUGGAAACCAAGUGAACCAGCAUGACCCCAGCCACACCCCUCGUGCCACUACAACUCCUUUUCAGGGCCAAUG